UGGACUAAGUGUAGGAGAGGAGAGGUGCAGCAGCUUAUCUUCUUCUUCUUCUUCUUGAGCAAGGAAAAUUAAUGGAUCAAAAGAUGGUCGUCUGUGUAACGGGGGCAUCUGGGUUUCUGGCUUCUUGGCUGGUUAAGAGGCUUCUCUUGUCUGGGUAUCAUGUCACUGGAACAGUUAGAGAUCCAGGAAAUGACAAGAAGCUGGCACAUCUGUGGAGGCUGGAGGGAGCAAGGGAGAGGCUCACAUUGGUGAGGGCUGAUUUAAUGGAGGAGGGCAGUUUUGACAAGGCAAUUAUGGGGUGCCAUGGUGUCUUCCACACUGCUUCACCAGUAAUGGGAUCUGCUGCUGAUCCAAAGGCAGAGAUCCUGGUACCUGCUGUUGAAGGCACAUUAAAUGUUCUUCGUUCAUGUAAGAAGAACCCAUCUCUAAGGCGUGUAGUACUGACUUCAUCCUCUUCCGCUGCGAGGGUAAGAGAUGAUUUUGACCCGAAAAUACCUUUGGACGAGUCCUCCUGGAGCUCUGUGGAACUUUGUGAGAGCCUCCAGAUAUGGUAUGCUCUAUCAAAAGUCCUAGCUGAGAAGGCAGCAUGGGAAUUCUGCAAGGAGAACGGAAUCGAUUUGGUGACUGUUCUUCCCUCAUUUGUCAUUGGACCUAGCCUGCCACCUGAUUUGUGUUCUACUGCAUCUGAUGUUCUUGGCUUGCUUAAAGGGGAGACUGAGAAAUUCAAAUGGAAUGGAAGGAUGGGAUAUGUUCACAUUGAUGAUGUUGCACUCUGCCACAUCCUUGUUUAUGAGCAUGAAAAUGCCCAUGGACGAUACCUUUGUAACUCAGCUGUGGUAGACAAUAAUGUGUUAGCCUCCUUGCUGUCGGCUCGCUAUCCAUCCUUGCCUGUCCCAAAGAGGUUUGAUGCCUUGGACAGACCAUACUAUGAGUUCAACACUUCAAAGUUGCAGAGCUUGGGGUUCAAGUUCAAGUCCAUCCAGGAGAUGUUUGAUGACUGCGUUGCCUCUUUGGUGGAGAAAGGCCAUCUGGGUCAAGUCUAAUUUGAUGAGAUGGAUAAUUUCUGUAAGGAAUUUACAUUGCUGUAAACAGCCUUUCUAUGAGAACGACAGCAAAAGAGAAAAUUAUCCUA